AGUACAUGAAGGCAGGCGGACUUCCACAUUCGUAUCUCCAGCGCAGAGGCAUCCACGGCAACGGCUGAUCUCUUUCUCCUCCCUGUUGGGAAGCCUGCUCAAUGGAACUUGGACAGGCGCAUCGCCCUCGUGCGCCUGUCGAGCCGUUUAGCGACUUCGAGCCGCGGCGGAAGUGCACUGUCUGCUGUGGCGUGCGCUGCGCCACCGUGACCGGCUCGGCCGCCUUUGCCUUUUCUCUUUUGUGCAACGCCGUUGUGCUCGGUGGUCGGGUGGCGGACGGCGGCGGCUGGCGCGGCCUGCUAAACCGCAACGCAUUUCUCGCCCUCCCCGUCGCAGCGAUCACGUUCACCCAUCAGUACAUUCUCUCCGAGUCGCUCUGGAGCAAAAACAAGAAGUCGGUGUGGCAGGUAAACGUGCAGUCGGCCCUGUCGAACAUCACGCUGUGGAUGAUGGGGACGUUGGUCUGCACCGUCCUUUCGCGCCGCUACCUGCCGGUGUGGAGUCGCGCCUAUCGAUUAAGUCUGUGGGAGUACAAGCGGACGCGUCGCGGCUGCGCCAACCCCUGGCUGCCCUCCGUCUUUGGGCGCAUCACCGAGGACUUGGACUGGUACAACGUUCUGUGGACGCUCAGCCUUUACCACGUCCUGUGGGGCAUGAUGUCCGUGAUGCUGGAGAAGGAGACAGGGGCGCACUACGCGAUGUUCUUCCGGGACUCGAACUACAGCCGCUGGUGCUCGCCACGCUGGCGUGAGUGGCGUGAGUUGGAGGUGCGCCGCCUCGUGGACACGGAACACGCCGUCGCACCGAGCCGCUGGGGCACGUUUCUGACAAACGACAAGUGGCGCACCCGCAACUUCUGA